AUGACCUUCCUUGUGGACUUCAGUGGAAAGCUCUUUACAAAGAACGCAAAGGUGACUCUCAAGGACUUGUCAGCAAACUCAGAGGCGAUCGUGGCGUGUGUCCGGGGAAGCAAAGGCGUUCCCCAUUUGAGUAAGUUCACUUUGCAGAAGGCGCUGGUAGCCUUUUACUCAAAGUACAAACUGUUUCCAGAAGGGGUUUACGCGGAGAUUCCAGCUGUCCAGCAGUGGGCUUUGAAGCAAGCUGAAGCCCUCAAGAAGAUGGUUGGAAAGGUCAGGAAGCUCAUGCGAAGGGCACCUUCUUCAAAGAGCCAUAGGCUUCAACGACUUAGGGAACGCAUCUCUGCUUUGAGGGUGCCUGGCUAUGAAUUUACAACUUCAAAGGUUGCCUGA